GCAUCGGAACUGACCGAGCCGCUACAAAAAAGAAAACAUAAAGUCCUCGUUUCGAAUUUUUUUCACCCCACAAACACACAAAAAUGAAGAGUUUUCUGAUCCUUUUGGGUUUCGCGGCUCUGGCGGCUGCCGAUGUCAAGCACUUGUCGGACCGCAAUCUCGACCUCUUCAAGUACAACCCCAGCGACAUCUACACCCUGCCCGAGGACAUCGAUGACGAGAAGCCGGCGGUGCAUUUCAGCGGCGACGUGAUGAAGGCCAAGACUGAGACCCUGCAGAACUACAACUCCGGCAAGAAGUUCAAGUUGGAACUGAAGACCCAGAACGGCAUCGAAGUGAGCAGCGUGGGCAAGCUGAAGGACGACAAGACCUUUGUGGUCAGCGGCUCCUACUCGUUCACUGGCGCCGAUGGCAAGCGGUACAGGACCCGAUACACCGCCGAUGAGUUCGGAUACCACCCCAUCACCGAGCUGGAUCUCGACAUUCCCGAGCCCCAGCCUUUGGCCGCUGCUGGACAGCGUCAACCCGUGGAUCCCAGCAGCCUGUUGGGCAACAAGAACCGCUUCCAGUUCCUGCAACAGACCCUGGACUCCGAGCAAGGACCUCUGCGGGGCAGUGGACAGAGUGGCGAUGACUACAGCUACACGUCUCCCUACGGAAACGGCUACGAUUACCAGCCUCCUCAAGUGCAACUUGCGACGCCCUCUCGUCAAUAUUUGCCCACGGCAUAAGGUGGUUUCGUAUACACUCGUAUAUAGGCAUCCCCAGAUUUAUGCGCCCCAAGAAAAGAAACAAAAAAUACCUACCCCACCCGUUUCCCGAUCCCCGAUUUUCCCCAGCUGCAAGUAUUUAGUUUUUUAAGUGCAACUCCAACAGGCAAAAUUAAGAGUAAAACAAGGCAAAUUCACAGUGCUAGCGAAAUUUUUUUUUUUUUUAUCAUUUUUUAGUGUUAUAUACGAAGCACAAUUUUAUAUGAUAUUAUACCUAUACACAAUGAUAUAUGUUAUGUAUCUACCCCACACACAACACACACACAAAACACAAAAAAACACACACACAAAUCCCGACAAAAGACACAAACGAAUCUAUGUAUAUACACUGAGUGAUAUUAGUAGUAAAUAAAAUGGCUAAACUAACGAUCAAAGUC